AUGUUUAAAAAACUAGCUAUUAUAAUUUUUAUACUAUUAAAUAUAUCUAUAAAUGUUGAUUCUCAACAUCAUCACCAUGGUCAUCAUGAUCACCAUAGUCAUGAACAUCACCAUCACCAUCAUCAUGGUCAUCAUAUAGAAGAAGAAAUGUCUCAUCAUCAUUCAGAUUUUGGUCAUCAUCAUCAUGAUUAUAUGCAUCCAGAAGAACAUCAUCAUCAUCAUUAUGGACCACCAGUUUUACCAAUGGGUUUUCAUUUAUUUGGUUAA